AUGGACAGUGACACCCAGGUCGAAGAGGGCCGCUCCUCACGUCGCGGUCGCUUGAUGGGUAAGCUGUUUGGUGCCAAGGACAACAAAGAUCGAAAGCAGACCGACAAUGCUCUCAAUGUGAACGACUUCCUACAUGCGUCCGCCGACUCGCUUCACCCUACCACUGCCCCCUCGGCGCCGCCUCUACCCACGCUUUCGAAGCUUGACACGAGGAACGCAUCGCGCUACCCUCAAGCUCACGAUGUCGGCGGCGGUUCGCAGAACAGUCUUCCCCUGCAAAUUCGCCCCAAGACCCCGCCCCGCGCGCCCAAAAGAAACAGAAAAGGUUGCAUUGUCCGCUUUGCUGACACCCAACCCGAGGUGAUCGGCGAGGGUGGUGACGAGUCACCGCACCCCACGAUAGAAAUAUCCAAGCAGAAGAAGCUACGACCGCCUCCGUCCGCCCGGGCCCCGAGUGCGUACGAAGAGCCACCAAAACCAGCCGACCCUCCACCGUAUGACGAUUUUAUCCCGAAUCCUAUCAAGCGCACCCAGACUGGCUACACGUCCGCUAGAGAAGCCACUGCCUCAAGGCAAGACGACGUGCCUGGAGUGGCCGCGCGGACUAGGUUUUUGGACACUUCAAACAGCAGAGCCAAAGAUGAAAACAGAAGGUCGUUCCUCGAGAUACAGCAGGCGGAGAUGCGGCAAGCGGAGGGCAAGGCUUUCGCGGAAGCGGCCCGGUCUGCGGGCACAUCUCAGGCACAACAGCAGCAGCAUGCGCAGCAGCGAGAUUGGGAAGAUGCUAUAGAGAUCAAGCAGUCGCCACUUGACCGGCUGCGCUCAUCGCCACACCCUGCGGCAUUGGGACCGGCCCCCGCCGCCACACCACCACAGUAUUCCAGCGCGCGCCCCAUCUCUCCCGAAACGCAAUACAAUACCCAGUACAACAAGCCCCCGUCUCAACCAGACCAGAGCCCAUCCUCUGUCUACUCGACUCUCAGCGGUCACGGUCAGCAAGCCAACAUUUCGCGUCAACAGAGCGUCAACUCGCAUUAUGCUGGCAGCACGAUGGCCCCACCUUCUUCGGCAACCAACCGCCAACCCUCUUUCAACUUGCAAGACGCCCCUACGCCACUGGGGGACGAUGCCUUGAUGAUAUUUGUCACACGCACACGCCACUUGAGCGAGUUGUUCCGAUUGCAUGCCGAGACCGUUCGGCCAGUGGGCGCCUGCUCCACUCCAGAACUCAUCAGGGCAGCGCUAUGGUGGUUCCUCAAGGGCCGGAUGGGCCUCGAGAACGCAAUUAGGGCGCGGCCAGGAAGCCCAAAGGAACAGAUGCAGAACGAGAUGGAACGCCAACAGGGGUAUACAAACCUGGCGAAAGCGCACUGGCUUUCUGAAGAAGCGAUUCCCGAGAUGAUGUCGAACAAACGUUUACCGCCGGAUUCGGAGGUCGACGAAGCACGGAAGCUCGUGGUGUCUGCGCUGGGUAAGUUGGCUGGAUCCAUGAAGCGUAAUGGCUUCCUGCCUCCGAAGAGGCAUUCCUGCCGCAGACGAUUGAUAAUCCAUAUGGGUUGA